GGGAGGUCUUAAAAUAGUCUCUGAGUUACAGCUCAGGCAGGCAGACACACUGUGAGCUCCAGACCUUUCGGAGGGGAGUAGAACCACAUCAGUCCAUGCUGGGGAAACCUGGGCUCCAUCCACGCCAGAGGACUGUCAGCUUCUCUUUUAAUGCAUGUCUUGUCUCCAGAGGUUUACUAGAGGGAUUGAGCAGGGCUAGACGAGAAGAGACACAUUAUCUAUCUUCUCCAAUGCUUCUGACAGAGGAGUCUGGUCUUCUCCAUGUUCAUAGGUGAGCCAGAUGACCCUCCUCGUGCCAACCCACAUUCAGUGCAAAACCAAGGUAAAGUGUCUGUGUGUGAUGGUGUUCUUGAGUCUCCCCUUGACCAUGGGAGACCCUGGUCCGUGCAGACACUCCAUCACCAGAGAUCACCUGCUGACCAUACGACGCCUGAUAGAUAACCAGUUGCAGAGUGGAUGCUCAAUAACCUACACAUUUAUUGAGCAGAGAAGUUUGAAUAAAUGUUGCUAUGUGAAAGCUGCCCUGCCCUGGAUCUUGGAACUCCUAACUGGACACUUCAGAUACACCCGGGGAUCAGACAACCACAGCUACGUGUUGUCGCUGACCGGUCUCAUCCACAACAUUUACUCCCAGAGAUGUGUACCACAGAUCAAUGAGGAGCUGGAGGAUGACCCAGUGAGCUUUGGGAUGUCAUUCAGCAGUUCCCCAUCCGAGGCCCUGGGAAGGGUACAGGAUGUCAUGUCUGUGUACUGGGAGCUGGUGACCACCAUGGACUCACCAGUAGACUGGAGCUGUGAGAGGGAGUACACAGACACCGCAGAGCCCCCCACAGCCCUCUCUACAGCACUCUCUCUGACUACAGUCAGCACCUUUUGGGACUCAGAGAAAGCCCCUCAGACUGGUCUAGAUGGAGACCAAGAUGGAGACCUGUACAAGUUUGGUUUCAUGGUCAUAGCUCCAUCAGUCUGUGGAGGAUUGCUGUUCAUAUUCACUCUAUAUUGCCUCAUCACACACAAGAUGUCCUACAAUACUGAUCAUCACACAUCACUAGUGUACCAAAACUCAAGUUUGCAAACAGAUAUUCAGGACAUAGAGAUGCAGGUGCAAUAAAGCCAUAAAAGACAGAUUGCUGCAGAUGGAGGAGCAUAUCCAAAGGGGAGGAUAUACCAUCAAGCUCUCAUCUCUAAUACACAAUGAACAAUGGUGGUUUAUAUAUUAUAUAUUUGUUUGAUAUAACAUCCUAUGGACAUUUCCAGCCUUUUUCUGGCCUACAGGCACUAUCAAUGGAUUUGAAUGGACCUUAUCUUUUUGAGAAUGCUAUUCAAAGAGGGGAUAUUUUUAUAAUCUAUGUUGUAUAUUGUG